AACACAACCGAAUACCUUUGAUGCACGAAGAUGUUGAGCAAACCACGGAGCAACCACUUUCAGAUGUCGCACACUCUCCACAUCAACAACACUUCGCCGAGCUACCGCUGCCUGAGCACUUACGUGGACAGCAAGUUGCACACCCCGACCGAAGCCCAUCCCGUGCUGCUGACGGACCUCGCCUUAACACGCCGCCCGAUCGCUCCCAUCACGAUGGUGGCGUUCAGAACACGCCCAACCAGGCGACGACCGACUACCGUGGCAGCGACUGUACGCUCUCGCUGACUGUCGUCGCCCGGACUCGCCACUCGCUGCGGCAUGAUCGUGGUCAGCUUCCUUCAGGCGGGGUCGCGUCGCACGACGCUUUCGUUCAUGUUAGUCUGUUAAAGAAAUAUUCAUGUGUAGUCUUGGAUCUUACCUGUCUCCUACGUGAACGGAUUUUAUUAUAUCUCUAA